CCCCCUCUCUCUCUCUCUCUCUCUCUCUCUCUCUCUCAUUUUCUCUAUAUCACUCCUUUUAAUUCAAUUAUCAAUUUCCUGGAUUGUAAUUUGCACUUCCAGUUCGAGAGCAUCAUUUCCUCAGUUUUUUGCUCAUUGAAUCUCUGUCUUUUCCCACUUUUAAUUGUGCUUAAAUUAAUACAUUCACAUUUAUCCACUUGAUAUCGAAUUGGAAUUUGAUCAUUUUUCUCCUUAAAUUUUCCCGAACAGAGGUUGAUCUUUCUGGGAUUUUGCUGUUCUUUGACUAUGAGCUGGCAUGAUAGUUCUUGUUCUUGAUCUUGAUAUGCCUGUUUUUUGGUGGGGGUGAUGACUGUGAGAGAACCAGGAUUUUGGAUAUGGAUUUGAGUCAUUUGACGAGGGAAUGUUCGGUUCUUGAAUCGGGGGAAGAAAGUGAAGUAGCCCAACAUAGAAAUCCACAUGAUGAUGGCCGCGAGAUAAGGAAUAAUGGGACUUAUCCUGAUGAUAUUGGUAAGUUGGUUUCCACUGAAAACUCUGGUGCCAAUACAUCGACGGGGGAGAAUACAAAAGAAGAGGAUGUUGAAAGUGCAGAAGGGGGGACUUCACCUCCGCCGAAUGCCACAUCUCCUGGUGGCAGUUCACCUGGGGGGAGAAAGAGAUAUGGCUUGAAGAAAUGGAGGAGAAUUAAGAGAGAAUCUGUUAGCUAUGCGGGAGAGGACAAAGAUCUUUCACUAGAUGAUUUAGCUGAAAACUUGUCUUGGCAAGUUAAGGAAGAAAAAAGUGAGAACCGUCAACCCUCAACAUAUCGGGAUCCUUUGGUUGAUUCUUUCUUUAGCCUCCAGUCUGUGCAAGAAGCACUGGAAAAAGAAGUUCAUAAGCUAAAGGAUAUCGGAAAGGAACCCACAUCACAGCAUGACAGUUCAACUACUGGUCGAUGUAUGCCAGCAGAUUUCACUACUACUGAUUCAGAGACCUACAUGCCAAGCUCACCUGACCGGCUGGGAUCUGUAAAGAUUAGACAAACUGCUUUGACUUCCUUGGAAUCCCAAGUGUUAAGCUUGAUGAAGGAUUUGAGAUUUUUGGAGAGCAAAUUGGAGGAGACGGGGGCCAUGCUUGAGGCAAAGGACUUGAGGAUUGUUGAACUUGAGGCCACAAUAAGCAGGAGCAAGUCACCAAAGGAAGAAUCAAGCACAUCCAUAGGAAUACAGGAUGAAAAAUGUAGAGAGACAGAGAUUGGGCUUGAUAGUGUCUUCAAGCAAAAGAUUGAAGCUGAGGUUGAGCACCUGGCAAUAAUAAGGACAGUACAGAAAAUGAAGGUUGCUGCAGCUGAACAAUUCUCAAAGGAACAAAGUUUUGUGGCUGGGAAGCAAGCGCAGGUUCAGAACAAACUUGGAGAGGCACAAAGCAAGGCGAUGAUGCUUGAGAAACAAGCAGAGGUGGAGACGUACUGUGGAGAUAGAGUAGGGGCUAAAGAGGUUUUGAAGUUGCAGAGGGCGUGUAAACUGACAUCGUGUUUUUUAAUACAGUUGAUAUUUCUUGUUAUUGUGUUUUGGUAUUUUGUCUUGCAGUCAUCGCCUCCACCUGGGGGUGUGGUGGUGGUGGUACCGACCUAAGCAUGAGAGCAGCGGGUUUUUUUUUUUUUUUUGUGUAAUAUCAAAGUAUCUAGGUAUGAAAUAUUUGAAUUUUAAGUUUCAUUGUUAUCAUGUGGAGUUUUUUCGUCUUCCUUGUUAAUUACGUGUCGGUGAAAGUAUUAAUAAUUGGUUUUAUGUCCAA